UCUACCACCUUAUCCACCUCUAUUUCCCUAUUUAUACCCCGCAAUUUUACAUUCCUUGCGGUUUGAAACACAAGCCAUCCUCUCCUCUUCAGUUUCAAUAACCCUUCCAUCCCUUGCCAGAAUUUUCUCUUCGGUGUAUCUUCUUUUCCAAUCGAACUCGAGACUUCCUUUUCCUUUACAGAAUUACACUCUUAAGAGAAACAUGAUGUGCGACAGUGAACCAAAGAGAAGUGCAGAUACUAUCAAGUUUCUUUGUAGCUAUGGUGGUAAGAUUCUUCCACGACCGGUUGAUGGAAAGCUUCGUUACAUUGGUGGUCUUACCAGAAUUCUAGCCGUCGAUCGUUCUAUAUCCUUUACAGAGCUGAUAAUUAAGCUUGAAGAAUUUUGUGGAUAUUCUAUGCAAUUGAAGUGUCAGUUGCCGAAUGGAAAUUUGGAGAUGUUAAUUUCUAUCAAAUCCGAUGAGGAAUUGGCGCUUCUCAUUGAAGAAUAUGAUCGAUGCUGUCCUGGUGCGAAGAUUAGAGCCAUUCUCUCCACUCCAAAGUCUCUCAAAACGGUCUCUCCUCCUCCAUCAGAUCCAGCAAGUGUCGAUUUCUAUCCAGUCAAAUCGCCUUUUUAUGCCUUCGGUUAUCGACGAUUUGGAAGUUAUUCACCGGCGAUCAGAUAUCCCAUCGGCGUUUAUAAGGACUUCGGCAGAGUCUGUUAUAAUCCAUUUCAUAGACAAGGAAAACAAGAAUUCUGCUGUGGAGACCCUCGGUGUAAUGGACAAGGAAACCCUAGAUUUCAGCAUUGUGGCCCUUACUAGAACAAGAAUUGGCUGGAGUCAGCAAAUUAGCAUAUAGAAAAUUAAUUUUUUUGAAAUGAAUUAGUUUAUACAAAUUGAGGACAUAGAUAAUGAUAGGGAAAAAG